GCCAUUCCUCUCGCAAAUUGAGCUCUUCGCCUCUAACACUGCUCAAAAUCUAUCUACCGCAGUCAGUGAGGCUUUCCUUGCGUAUUCAGCGCGAUUGUGCAGAGCUCGUUGCACACUCUUCUCCUACAAAAUGGCAUCCAUGACAGCCGCAACCACUUCCGCCCUGCAGGUAGGAAGCAUCAGCUCAGUGUCCAGGACCACUGUUCCCAAGUCCGCAUCCGUCAGUUUGGGAUCGUCAGCAAGUCUGAGGGGCCUGAGAUUGAGGGCUGCCCCCGCACCACGACUCCGAUCGACCCAACCGUUCGCUAUCCGUGCCGAGGAUGGCUCAGGAAUCGUGGACUCUGUCAAGGAAGGAGCCGAUCAGGUUGCCAAGAAUGUUCAGGAUGGAGCCAACAAGGCUGGCGAAGUUGUCUCAGACGCUGCCUCAAAUGUCAAGUCCGGAGCACAGAAUGUCGUGGAAACCGUGAAGGACAAGGCUGGAGACUUGACCGGACAGGCCAAGAGCGCCAGCAAGGAUCUCGGAAGCAAGGCUGAAGACGUCAAGGACAGCGUCAAGGAGGGUACUGACAAAGCUACCAGCAAAGCACAGGACGCUGGAAAGGAUCUCCAGGGAAAAGCUGAGGAUGCUACGUCGUCUGCCCAGUCGAGCUUUAAGGACGCUUCGAGGCAGGCAGAGGGAUCCGUCAGAGAUGUUUCGAAGUCUGCUCAGUCAGGAUUAGACGACGCUUCGAGCAAGGCCAAGUCCGGUAUCGAUGACGCAUCCAGGAAGACAGAGAAGGCCGCCAACGACCUAAAGAAUUAGAGGGUGGAGCUCAAUCUGUCGACAACGCCUGUGUCCUGAAACUUGUGCCAUAGCCAACCAUCAGAUUUUGUAUAAUGUGUAGAGAACUUCCUGAUAGAGAUUCAGUCGACGCACGCUCUCCAAUAUCAUCAGCUCCAGUAGCUUCUGCCUCAGCUACUGCGAACGGAGGAGAUGCUGGACAUUUAGAUACUGGAGCUUUUCCUAAUUAGGGAUACAUCACAAAUUCAUGCAACCUCUUUCGGGAGGCCACUUGUGAAAUAGGUCCAUCACAUCAACUUAGCACAGCCAUCAGCGGGUUAUUUUCUGCUAGAUGCUUUUUCUCAAAAAAAAUUCUCAAAUUUUUUGUAUGUGCUUAGUACUGAGGCCAGUUUGUAUUUAUCCAGGCGAAAUGUUGUGGACAUGGGUAGAUCUGCUGAGUUCAUUGAGAGAGUCAUUCCGUUUUUGGUGAAGAAACAGACAGUACUUGCACCAACUCUUCGAGUCAUAAAAGCUCCCAGUUCAAGCCUUGACUAGUCAUAUUGACGAAGCUUUUGGUUGGAAUGU